AUGUCCGUUCAGAUCGAAGCUGUCCAAGCAGAGCACCAUGAAUCAGGCUUUGGUAUCGGUCAUUCCUCUCCUCGACUAUCCUGGCGAUUCGCUUCGACCGACCUGAAAGAUUGGAAACAAGUCUCAUAUGAGAUCAUAAUCACUAGGGAAGGAGGUAAAGAAGAACAGUACAAGGUGCAGUCAAGCGGUUCAGUUCUUGUCCCAUGGCCCUCUCAGCCUCUGUCAUCUAGGGAAAUUGUCAAUGUUAAAGUCAAAUCGACCGGGAAUGACGGCAAGACCACCAAGUGGUCAGAAAUCAGGAUUGAAGCUGCUUUCUUAGAUAGGAAGGAAUGGAAAGCGAAUUUGAUAUCUGGAUCAGCUCAAGAGGAUAAGGAUAAACCUAAGAAACCAUUCAGACUUAGAAAGAAAUUCGAUGUUUCGGAGUUACCCAAGAAAGGAAGGUUAUACGCUACUGCUCAUGGAUUGUAUGAGGUGACGAUCAAUGGGAAAGUAGUGGGUGAUCAAGUUCUAACACCUGGAUGGACAAGUUACAAAUAUCAUUUAAACUAUCAAACAUACGACAUUACACCUUUACUCAAACAGGGGGAGAACGAGAUCGUAGCGUAUGUCGGGGAAGGGUGGUAUGCAGGUAGAUUGGGUAGACCAGGUACGAGGAAUGUAUGGGGUGAUAGAUUAGGUUUUAUCGGUCAAUUAGAAUUAGACAACAAACCUACCUUGGUGACUGAUGAUAGUUGGGAAAGUCUGAUGGAUGGUCCAGUUAAGAAUUCAGAGAUUUAUAAUGGAGAGAUAUACGAUACCACCCAUUCCGAUGCCAACAAUCAGACCACCAAAUCGGAGAUGUUACCUUUCCCAGAAGCUGAGUUGAUAUCGUCCGAUGCACCUCCUGUAAGAAGAGUUAAAGAAGUUAAACCUAUCGAGAUAAUCACCACUAAGAGUGGAAAGACGAUCUUGGAUUUCGGUCAGAACUUGGUUGGAUGGGUCAGGAUCAAUAAAGACUUACAAGGUGAAGAACUGUUCAUCAGGACAGCAGAGGUGUUGGAACAUGGUGAACUGGGUGUAAGACCUUUAAGAACCGCUGAACCGAAUGAUAGGAUCGUAUUGGGUGGACAGACGAAAGGAUGGGAACCGAAAUUUACCUUCCAUGGGUUCAGAUACGCUGAAAUCAAUGGUGUCAAACCCACUCUGGAUGACUUCACCGCUAUUGUCAUUUUUUCAGAUAUGAGAAGAACAGGUACUUUCCAUUCUUCUCAUUCUAUGAUCAACAGACUGCACGAGAAUGUAAUAUGGGGUAUGAUGUCCAACUUCGUUUCAGUCCCUACCGACUGUCCUCAGCGAGAUGAAAGAUUAGGUUGGACGGGUGAUAUACAGGUAUUUGCACCUACCGCGAACUACUUAUUUGAUACUUCUGGUUUCCUAAGCGGAUGGUUGAAAGAUGUCUACUCCGAACAACAGUACUGGAAAGGAGUCCCCCCUACCGUAGUCCCAUUCGUUCCUCCUAACAAAUUCAACGACCCUUGGCCAAAACCGCAUGCGGUCUGGGCAGACGUGGUGGCUAUUACACCUUGGGACUUGUAUACUUCUGCCGGCGAUAGGGGGAUCUUGGAAAGUCAAUGGGAAAGUAUGAAAUUAUGGUUGGAUAAAGGUUUACCAAGGGGUGAAAAUGGAUUGUAUAAUCCUUUGGCACCGCAAUAUGGAGAUUGGUUGGAUCCUAAUGCACCUCCGCAAUAUCCUGCUCACGGCCGAACCGAUACUCAUCUUGUCGCCAAUGCCUACCUGGUGUAUGUAACCUCGCUCGUCGCUCGGAUUGGUAAACUACUCGGUAAACCAGCGAGUGAAACGUCAAAAUAUGAACAAGAUGCCAAGAAGUUCAAGAAGCUGUUCCAAGAAGAGUAUAUCUCGAGUAAAGGUAGAUUAGUAUCUGAUACUCAGACUGCUUAUGCUCUCGCAUUGAAGUUUGUGUUAUUGGAAGAUGAUCAAGUGGAAAGAGCUAGAGAGAGGUUGGAGUAUCUAUGUAAAUGGAAUUUCUUCAAAGUGUCAACUGGUUUCGCCGGUACACCCAUCUUACUACCAGUCUUAUCUGAGAAUGGACUUGCACACAUCGCCUAUAGGAUGUUACAAGAGAGAGAUAAUCCAUCGUGGUUAUACUCAGUUGGUAUGGGAGCUACAACAAUUUGGGAAAGGUGGGAUUCCGCUUUACCUGACGGAUCCAUUAACCCAGGUCAGAUGACCUCAUUUAACCACUACGCUCUCGGCGCAGUCGCUCAAUUCAUGCACGAGUCUAUCGGUGGUCUAUCAGCACUGAAACCAGGAUGGAAGAAAGCUUUGAUUCGACCUCAACCAGGUGGGACUAUCACUUCUGCUUCCACAUCUUUCAGUUCUCCCUAUGGUACAUACGCUGUAGAUUGGAAGAUCGAAAACAACAAACUGAAAGUAUCUAUCGAAGUUCCACCUAAUGGAUUGGCUAAGGUCGUACUUCCGGGGUUGGAAGAGGAUGAUAUAGGUAGUGGAAAGAAGAGCUAUGAAGUGGAUUGGAAACCUGAUGAGAGAUGGCCUCCUAAGGGUAUCAGAGGACCGCAGAGCGUCGCGAUUCCUGAUAAUUUUGUGCCAUAG